GUGAUUCCAGGAGCGCGGGCCGCGUGGGUCACCUGCUGUGAGUCGGAACCGCGGCCGCUGAGAUGACCAAAAUAAAGGGAGAUCCCGAGGGGCACGAGGCUCAGGCGGAGGCGUCCUCUGGGGAGCGCACUUACCACGAGCUGCUGGUGAACCUGAACCCCAUCGCACAGCCUCUGGCUUCUCGUCGCCUCACUCGGAAGCUCUACAAAUGCAUCAAGAAAGCCGCGAAGCAGAGGCAUGUUCGGCGUGGGGUGAAGGAGGUUCAGAAGUUUGUCAACAAAGGCGAGAAAGGGAUCAUGGUUCUGGCAGGAGACACAUUGCCCAUUGAGGUAUACUGCCACCUCCCGGUUAUGUGUGAGGACCGAAAUCUGCCCUACGUCUAUAUCCCCUCUAAGACGGACCUGGGUGCAGCCACAGGCUCCAAGCGCCCCACCUGUGUGAUUAUGGUCAGGCCCCACGAGGAGUACCAGGAGGCAUAUGACGAGUGCCUGGAGGAGGUGCAAGCCCUGCCCCCACCCAUCUGAAGGCCUUGGGCAGCAGCCUGGGCACCUGCUCCAGAAGCUGUUGGGCUGGCAGGGGGCCAGCUGGCCGCCUUCCUCCUGUGCACAUUCAGUGUCUCCCAGCCUCCCGAAGCACAUUUUCCUACACAACUCUGACAGCAUCUCCCUCAGUGCUGUUUCCUGUUGAGUUUCCUGGCACUCAGUUCCAAGAAUGAGGUGUGAAGGGAAGUAAAUGCUGACUAAACUGUGA